AUGGAGAAGGCACCACAGAAUACGGUUGACCCGAAGCUCGCGCAAGAUGACUUUAAGGACUCAGAAAUGGACCAAACACAAGAUAUCAGUGUCGAGCCCACUGCAGUGUGGUCGGCUAAGGAAGAACGAAGGGUUAGAUUGAAGCUCGACAUGAUUCUAAUGCCAAUUUUGAUCAUUGGCUUCUUUGUCCUCCAGCUAGACCGCAGCAACAUUAGUAAUGCUCUGACCGACACGAUCACCGAGGAUCUUCGAAUUACUUCGGAUCAAGUCGGCACGGGCAAUCAGAUCAUUCGAAGGAGCUAUCACAUGAUGGCAUUUCUGGUCUUUUUUGCUUUCAUGCCCUUCUCGCCAGCUCGUACCAGGCCUAUUCAUGGUAUGUUCGACACAUUCACCACGCGUGAGAAGGAAAUCAUGCAGACUCGUGUUGUCUCACACGACCGGUCCAAGGCCCAUGCCAAGGCACACAUCAACUGGGCGAAUUUCGUCGACGCCGUUUGCGAUUACCAUCUCUGGCUUCAUGGCAUACUCAAUAUCCUAGCUCUAGCUCCUAAGGGCGGACUGCAGCUAUAUGGUCCUAGCAUCAUCAAGUCUCUUGGCUUCAACAAAACGAAAGCCAACCUCCUCAACUCGGUGAGCAGCUACCUCGUUGUGGUAUUAUCCUUCCUCAUCUCGUUCGCAUCGGACAAGACGGGUCAGCGCGGUCUCUUCUGUAUUGUAUCCUUUGUCUGGGCUAUUGUCUUUGGUGGCGCAUUGCUUGGGAUUGGCGUCGACUCCGACAAAUGGCUUCGCUAUGCCAUUUUUACUCUACUCGGCAGUGGCAACGCCCUUGCCCAGGGACUUAAUGAUGCGUGGUUGAAUAUCAACGCUAGGUCACCUCAUAAGAGGAGCAUUGGGCUCGCCUUCGUUGUGAUGGGAUCUAACAUUGGUGGCAUCGUCGGUCCCGAGCUAUUCAAGAGUUCAGACGCGCCAGCAUACGUUCACGGAUUCAGCGCGGUCCUAUCGUUGUAUGCCGGUAGCAUUCUUGUCAGCAUGGUGCUCAUUUUUGUCUAUUGGCGUGAUAACAAAAAGAUGACCAAGAAAUGUGAAGAGGGCAAUCUCAGACCGCAGGACGUCAGACACUUUCAACUGUAA